AUGGGCUGGUGCCACCUGCAGUGCCAAGCCCCAUGUCUCCUGUGUGCCACAGGAGCCCUCAAGUCCUACCUGCGAGAGCUGCCGGAGCCGCUCAUGACCUUCGAGCUGUACGAGGAGUGGAUCCAGGCCUCCAACAUCCCAGAGCAGGAGAAGAGGCUGCAGGCUCUGUGGAACACCUGCGAGAAACUGCCCAAAGCCAACUACAACAACAUCAGGUACCUGAUUAAAUUCCUGGCCAAGCUGACUGAGUACCAGGACAUGAACAAAAUGACUCCCAGCAACGUGGCCAUCGUGCUGGGACCCAACCUCCUCUGGCCACAGGCUGAUGGGAACAUGACAGAGAUGAUGACGACUGUGUCGCUGCAGAUCGUGGGCAUCAUCGAGCCACUCAUCCAGCAUGCAGACUGGUUCUUCCCUGGAGACAUCGAGUUCAACGUGACAGGCAACUAUGGCAGCCCCAUGCACAUCAACCACAAUGCCAACUACAGCUCCAUGCCCUCUCCAGACAUGGACCACGCAGAGCGCCGGCAGCACGACCAGGGGCGGAGGCCUCUCAGCGUGGCCACGGACAACAUGAUGCUGGAGUUCUACAAGAAGGAUGGCCUUAGGAAAAUCCAAAGCAUGGGCGUCAGGGUGAUGGACACCUCGUGGGUGGCUCGUCGAGGCACCUCGGCCGUGCGCAAAGCCUCCUCCACCCCCCCGGCCCUGCACCCCCCACUGCCCCCCACCGACCUCCCCACAGCUCCCCACUCGCCCAUCCCCGAGCACUCUCCGGACAUCUCGGCCACCCCUUCCCCGCCGCCCACCAGCUUCGGCUUCCCCCCAGCAGCCGAGCGGACAAGCACUUUACGGCCCAAGGACCCCUCCCCCGGUCCCCCCCCGCCGGCCGAGCAGAGCCCGCACGCCCCCCGCAAAGUGGCCAAGAAGCUGGCGCCCAUCCUGCCGGGGGGGACACAGCCCUCCCCCGCCAGCCUGUCCCCGACCCCCCCUAGCACCCCCUCCCCGUACGGCCCUGCCGCAGCCUCCCCGGGGCCCUGCCCGCCCCCUCCGCCCCCUCCCCCGCCCCCCCUCGCCGCUGCUCCCCCCCCCAAAUCUCGCCCCACGGCCAAGGCGCGGCCCCGCCCGGCGCUGCCCCCUCCUCCCCAGCCCCCCCCAGCUACCCCCGGGACCUCCCCGGCCCCGGAGCUGCCCCGGGACGGAGCCUUGGCAGGUCUGCUCCGUUUUGAGGUCCCCUCCCUCCACGUCCCCCCGGACGUCACCUUGUGCCGGGACCCUCCGGAAGCACCGCAGAGACUCUCGGGGCCGGGCGCGGCCACCCGGCAGGAAGAAGAGGAGGAAUCGGAGAGCACAGCCCUAUGA